AUGGCAGGUGAGUAGCUGGGCGCCCAUUCCGGUUAUCGCUUCUCGGCCUUUUGGCUAAGAUCAAGUGUAGUAUCUGUUCUUAUCAGUUUAAUAUCUGAUACGUCCCCUAUCUGGGGACCAUAUAUUAAAUGGAUUUUUGGGACAGGGAGAUGGAAGAAGAGCUUGCUCUGUCCACUCCACGCAUUGACCUGGUAUUGCAGUACCUCCAGGACCGGUGCACCUCUCUUAUGCUGGUUACAAAAAUAGAAUUGAAAAAGAAAAAGCAAGCCUCUGGACUCUCACUUGGUGGGUGGUAAAGAAAUGCAGGAAACCUGCAAACGAAGGCAAACGCGUUCUCCUUUCCUGCUUUCUUUCUCUGCCGUAAGUGCGAUCUCUGCCUCCCCCUGUCUGCGGCAUGCCUGAAUGAAGCCCGGACCGACCGACCGACCGACCGACCGACCGACCAAAAGCAUUCCUUGCAAUUAUGGACACUUGUAGCAAUGUUUGGUAACUGUUAUUUCAUUUGGAUGGCUUGUCCGAUUUGUUAUUAUCUAUCAUGUGCUGUGUGUGCAACAUUCAAGUCUGUUCACCUGAUGCAAUGUAUUCAUUGUUGUCCUGUAAAUCUGUGUAAUCACUUCAUUGAAUAAAUAAAUGUGCCAAGUAUAUCCAUUGGGAAGCCAGAGUAUUUCUAUGCUGGCUGGCUGGCUGGCUGGCUGGCUGGCUGGCUGGCUGGCUGGCUGGCUGCAUUAUCAGUGUUGAAAAGUGGGCGGUAUUAUGCAAAUCUGCUGCGGCCUGCAGCAUGCUGGUCUUUGAAAUUACAGCACUAAUGUUUUGGAGGGAAAUCGGAGCAGCAUCCAAGUAACCAAUUAAGGGUUUAAUUAAUUGAAUCAUUGAGUGAGUGAGCAAACCAGCAGGUGCUUGUUGCUUGCUCUAUCUACCCUACUUGCAGCUGAGAAGACAGACCAGGUGAUCCAGCAGCUCGUUAAACUCAUCGGUGGUAGCAGCUGGAGGGAGAGGUGCAAGGUAUGUCUGGAGGGGAGCAUAUAGAGGAAUGGACAAGGUUAAGAAGGGGAGCUGUGUUUCCAGAAUGUCUCAGAGGUUGUGUGCUCUGUGACUGACUGUGUCUCUGUUGCUAUUUGUAGCCAGCUUACACCUAGAUGAGGGAAGGGUGGGUGGCACUGUACCCCAAGAGCUCACGCAAGCUGAAGCCUUGAGGCCGGGAAUGGCAGGUGGUAGCUGAAAAUUACAUUCCGGUUAUCGCUUCUCGGCCUUUUGGCUAAGAUCAAGUGUAGUAUCUGUUCUUAUCAGUUUAAUAUCUGAUACGUCCCCUAUCUGGGACCAUAUAUUAAAUGGAUUUUUGGGACAGGGAGAUGGAAGAAGAGCUUGCUCUGUCCACUCCACGCAUUGACCUGGUAUUGCAGUACCUCCAGGACCGGUGCACCUCUCUUAUGCUGGUUACAAAAAUAGAAUUGAAAAAGAAAAAGCAAGCCUCUGGACUCUCACUUGGUGGGUGGUAAAGAAAUGCAGGAAACCUGCAAACGAAGGCAAACGCGUUCUCCUUUCCUGCUUUCUUUCUCUGCCGUAAGUGCGAUCUCUGCCUCCCCUGUUCAAGUGUAUGCCUGAAUGAAGUCUCGGACCGACCGGAUCGAAAGGUACCAAAAGCAUUCCUUGCAAUUAUGGACACUUGUAGCAAUGUUUGGUAACUGUUAUUUCAUUUGGAUAGCUUGUCCGAUUUGUUAUUAUCUAUCAUGUGCUGUGUGUGCAACAUUCAAGUCUGUUCACCUGAUGCAAUGUAUUCAUUGUUGUCCUGUAAAUCUGUGUAAUCACUUCAUUGAAUAAAUAAAUGUGCUAAGUAUAUCCAUUGGGAAGCCAGAGUAUUUCUAUGCUGGCUGGCUGGCUGGCUGGCUGGCUGGCUGGCUGGCUGGCUGGCUGCAUUAUCAGUGUUGAAAAGUGGGCGGUAUUAUGCAAAUCUGCUGCAGCCUGCAGCAUGCUGGUCUUUGAAAUUACAGCACUAAUGUUUUUGAGGGAAAUCGGAGCAGCAUCCAAGUAACCAAUUAAGGGUUUAAUUAAUUGAAUCAUUGAGUGAGUGAGCAAACCAGCAGGUGCUUAAUUGCUUGCUCUAUCUACCCUACUUGCAGCCGAAGAGGAACAGACCAGGUGAUCCAGCAGCCUCGUUAGGCUCAUCAGUGGUAGCAGCUGGAGAGGGAGAGGUGCAAGGUAUGUCUGGAGGGGAGCAUAUAGAGGAAUGGACAAGGUUAAGAAGGGGAGCUGUGUUUCUAGGGCUCAGAGGUUGUGUGCUCUGUGACUGACUGUGUCUCUGUUGCUAUUUGUAGCCAGCUUUACACCUAGAUGAGGAAGAGGUGGUAGACUGUGCCCAAGGCUCACCGCGAAGCUGAAGAAGCUCCAGGCUUAAUGGCAGGUGAGUAGCUGGGCUACCUAUCUCGCUAUCGCCGGCCUUUACAAGAUCAAGUGUAGUAUCUGUUCUUAUCAGUUUAAUAUCUGAUACGCCCCCUAUCUGGGGACCAUAUAAUAUUAAAUGGAUUUUUGGGACAGGGGAGAUGAAGAAGAGCUGUUUCCCCUGGUUCACCCACGCAUUGACCUGGUAUUGCAGUACCUCCAGGACCGGUGCACCUCUCUUAUGCUGGUUACAAAAAUAGAAUUGAAAAAGAAAAAGCAAGCCUCUGGACUCACACUUGGUGGGUGGCAAAGAAAUGCAGGAAACCUGCAAACGAAGGCAAACGCGUUCUCCUUUCCUGCUUUCUUUCUCUGCCGUAAGUGCGAUCUCUGCCUCCCCCUGUCUGCGCAUGCCUGAAUGAAGCCCGGACCGAGCGACCAAAAGCAUUCCUUGCAAUUAUGGACACUUGUAGCAAUGUUUGGUAACUGUUAUUUCAUUUGGAUAGCUUGUCCGAUUUGUUAUUAUCUAUCAUGUGCUGUGUGUGCAACAUUCAAGUCUGUUCACCUGAUGCAAUGUAUUCAUUGUUGUCCUGUAAAUCUGUGUAAUCACUUCAUUGAAUAAAUAAAUGUGCCAAGUAUAUUCAUUGGGAAGCCAGAGUAUUUCUAUGCUGGCUGGCUGGCUGGCUGGCUGGCUGGCUGGCUGGCUGGCUGGCUGGCUGGCUGCAUUAUCAGUGUUGAAAAGUGGGCGGUAUUAUGUAAAUCUGCUGCAGCCUGCAGCAUGCUGGUCUUUGAAAUUACAGCACUAAUGUUUUGGAGGGAAAUCGGAGCAGCAUCCAAGUAACCAAUUAAGGGUUUAAUUAAUUGAAUCAUUGAGUGAGUGAGCAAACCAGCAGGUGCUUAAUUGCUUGCUCUAUCUACCCUUCUUGCAGCUGAAGAGGAACAGACCAGGUGAUCCAGCAGCCUCGUUAGGCUCAUCAGUGGUAGCAGCUGGAGAGGGAGAGGUGCAAGGUAUGUCUGGAGGGGAGCAUAUAGAGGAAUGGACAAGGUUAAGAAGGGGAGCUGUGUUUCCAGGGCUCAGAGGUUGUGUGCUUUGUGACUGACUGUGUCUCUGUUGCUAUUUGUAGCCAGCUUACACCUAGAUGAGGAAGAGGUGGGUGGCACUGUGCCCAAGGCUCACCGCAAGCUGAAGAAGCCCAGGCGAAUGGCAGGUGAGUAGCUGGGCGCCCAUUCCGGUUAUCGCUUCUCGGCCUUUUGGCUAAGAUCAAGUUCAUUCUUGUCUAGUCAGGAGGUCUCAGAGGAUCGGCAACGCUAGCCCCUCGGCCUUCCAGGCUGUGUUCUCCCAGUGAGGGCACGGUCUGGAUGCUGCUAUUGGGGGGCGAUCCGCGCUGACUCUGGGAACGGGAAGCGAUCGACAAUGGAGAGAGGUGGCCCCUCGUAUCCGAAGACAGUGAGGCUGUUGGUGGCGGAGGAGAGACGGAGUGAAGUUGGCUUGUUCACCGUACAGAAGGAGAUUUUGGAUGGUUUGCUGAAGGUACCUCGGGAAUGGUUAUUUUGUGUACAGGACUUCCAGACCCGGGGUAUGUAUGACAUUACUUUUAUGGAUCAGAACUGCGUUACCACAGUAAUGGAAAGGUUAAAAGAAAAAAAUGGUGAUGCUUUGUUGUCGGGUAUGACUUUUUUGCCGUAUGUACCUGUGUCCCGGGUGCCACUUGUGGUUCAUAUGUAUAACCCAUUUGUCAGUGAUGAUGAAAUUUCGGUCUUUUUAAGCAGGUACUGUGUACAGGUCUCCAAACCUGUUAAGCUGGUUAACCAAUUUGGCAUUUACAAUGGGAAAAGAAAAUUUUUUGUUAUUCUUCGCCCGGACGCAUCAGAGGUGAGUGGUGUGAGACAUCCCCCACAAAAUUUCUCUCUGGGGGGAAAUCGGGGAUAUUUAUUCUACCCAGGUCAGCCAAUGUACUGUAGGAACUGCUUUCAGUUUGGACAUGUGAGUAUGAAUUGCAAAAAGGGCAUGUGCUGCAGGAACUGCUUCGGGGAGGGGCAUACGGCCUUUGAAUGUUCAGAAAAACGCAAGUGUGAUCUGUGUGGGUCUGUGGAUCAUAUGGCCAAGUUCUGUCCAAGUUUGUUGGUAGGUACUACCCGGGCAGUGGAUGCAGCAGACCCUGAACAGAAGGAAGCAGUCCUGAAGGAAGUAGGUAAGAAGGCGGUUCAAGCACCGAGGAUAGCUUUUAUCCCGACGUAUGGCACGCAAUUGCGUUCCCUAGCUGAGCAUGAAGAACGUCAUGCUCAAAUUAUGCGUGCAGAUAUGCAAAAGAAAGCGGAAAAAGACAAAGAAGAAGCCCUAAGUGCAGCAGAAAUUAUGGAGUGUGGUGAGUCAAGUUCUGCUGUGGUAUUGGAAGACAGUUCAACUCUGGCUAGUGUUUCUAGUGACUUGGAAAUAAAAGAUGCUCCACAGUCAAAACGUAUAAAGAGGACAAGUAAAGGUGUCCUGUCUAGAGAAUACCCGAGGGUUUUGAUGGAAUCCUCUCCAGAGCCUGGAGAGAAGUCAGAAUCAGAAACUUCGGGUCCUGUUUCUCCUGUUUUUGAUGUGCAGGCUGUGUCAAGAUUGUUUGAUAUUUCUGGUUUCUCUCGGGACCUUGAGGCAAAUGAAUCAGAUGAAGGGACAUGA